AUGAGGGCGAGGGAAGCGAGGAAGAAGACCCCACACGAACACCAAAAUCGACUAAAGAAGAAGACGAACGAGGGGAAGCACGUCAGGCGAAGGCGCACCGAGUUCGACCACUGCGCCUGGGCCGAGCUCGUUGCAGAGCGUUUCGAUUCCAAGCAGCGCUUCGAGUGCUGGCGCUGCGACGAACCCAAGGAAAGCCGCAUCCUCUACAAAUGGCACAUCGCCACAGACGAAGACCAGCCAGCGCAGCCCGCCGGCGUGGCUGAAGUGCCAGACGAUGGCGCGGCCGAGCAACGGGCAGCAGCACAAAUCGCGGAAGAUGAAGCACAACUUGGCGAAGAUGCCGCACCACCAGAAGAUGCCACUACUUCGGUCAAGACCAUCUGCCUGGGGUGCUAUGGCCACCUGCUGUCCUUGCGCAAGGGCCGCGACGCACCACCAGCCGGCCGCGAGGUGCAGCAGCAGCAUCAACGCGGGGAGGUGGACGGAGGUGGUGGCCAGCAGCACACACCCCAACGAGGAGGCCACGGCGCAGGCGUCGCGGUGGACCCCACCGAUACGGCACCCACAAGGCUGGCUCCACACCCGCACAAGCGACGCGAGAAGAAGCACGCUCGCGUGAGCUACGUCGUCCCCAAGGGCAUGCGUGGCGGCCGCGGAGCAACCCUCCGCGGCUUCGACCUAAGCUCCGAGCUCAAGCCACCACCCUCUCACCCAGGCGGCAUCGAAUCUGAAGGCUUCCGCGAACACAUGUGA